AUGGCAAGCUCGCGCGUCUACAUUGGCAAGCUGCCCCAGGAUGUCCGCAGGAGCGACAUCGACGAGCUCUUCAAGGGCUACGGGCGAGUCCUCGAUGUCAAGCUCAUGGGAGCCUAUGGCUUCUGCGAGUUCGAAGACCCGCGUGACGCUGAAGACGUCGUCAAGAAUUGCGACGGCGCCGACCUCCUCGGCAACAAGAUUCUCGUUCAGAUGGCCAAGGACAACCGCCGCUCUCGCGACCCCUACGGCUACCCUCCCCGUGGAGGCUACCCCGGCUACGGUCCUCCUGGCUACCCUGACCCCUACGGCUAUGGCCCUCCUCCUGGCUACGGGCGUCCUGCUCCUCGCAUCCGCCGAGGCAACCACCGCGUGAUUAUCUCUAACCUGCCUCCUAACACAAGCUGGCAAGAUCUCAAGGACAUCGGCCGCGAGUGUGGUCAAAUCUCCUUCGCCGACGUCGACCCCACCCGCCCAGACGAAGGUAUCCUCGAGUACUCGAACCGCGACGACAUGGAGCGCGCUCUUGACAAGAUCGAAGGCCUCGAGCUGCGCGGCAGUAAGCUUCGCGCCGACCCCGCCCCCGAAGGCCCCCCUCCCCCGCCCAUGUCCGGGCGUGGAGCCAUGGGACCUGGAGGACCUCCCCCUCCCCGCGACUACGGCAGCCCCUAUGGCGACCCAUACGGGCCGCCUCCUCCCCGCGGCGGUCCUGGACCUCGUGGGGGGUACGGAGGUGGGUACGAUGACCGCUACGGCCCUCCUCCUCAUCACCGAGACGACCGUGACCGCUAUGGCCCUCCUCCUCCGCGCGGCGGUGACCCUAGGGACCGAGACUUCUCGCCUCCCCCUCGCCGCAGGAGCGACGAUGAUGUGCGCAGGCGUGACGACCGUGACCGUAGCCCGCCUCCUCGCCCCCGCAAGAUGAUGAAGCAGCAGCGACUGCCAGAGGUGACGAAGAGACAAUCUCGACAGCAGACGUCGCGAGGCUCACCCGAAACGAACCUGUACGGCAGCGACGACAAGGAUGAUCAGAUUGAGCACACGUGCACCUGGAAGAGGCCCCCAUUCGGCCAAGCUUCGAGCGUGCGAGAGUCAAGCGGCGGCGUCUCAUUGAUUCUCCUAUCGCCAUUCGUGAAGGCAGCAGCAAAAUUUGGAUCAUAG